UCCAGAUGAGCAGCCAGAUUCGGCCCCCAAGAGGAUACCGCCUGAAUAUCACAGGCUCUGGGCGUCAGCAGUGAAGGGAGAAAGCGCCGCUAACCUAUGACGGCUUAAAGAUACCGACCACUUAAGGGUGGAUAGUCUACAAAGCAAAACAAAAAUCACAGUACAUGCUCUGGUGUUAUAACCAGAAUUUACGCGGGCAGACGGCGGCGCUGCUCCGGGACCACUGCAAACCUUGACAGUCGGUUUUAUUUUGCUUUAGCGUUUUGGUUUUGUUUUGGGCACGAACUGGAAACAGAAUGGCUGGGAAAAUCCACCGGGCUGUGUUACUGUUGCUGGUUCUUGCGGCUUUCUAUCAAACUCAGAACUUUGCACUGGACGUGGGCGAGGUGCCCAGGACAACGAGCGAAUUUGCUGAUCUCCACGCACCCAUUAUCCAGCGCUUCUCCCAAAAGGGUGUGUCUGACUACAGGACAUUCUUGCUGGGAAAGAGGGAGAACACUCUGUACGUGGGAGCCAGGGGCACCUUGUUUGCACUCAGUCUUACUAGAGUGACCCAAGAGGUUAAGGCAGCGAUCACGUGGGAAGUUUCAGAAAAGGAGAGGGCGGACUGCACUGCAAUCGGCAAGACAAGGGAAGAAUGCAACAAUUUCAUCCGUGUUCUGCAGUACCUCAACGACACACACAUUUUUGCGUGCGGAACAUUCGCCUUUAAUCCGCAGUGCACCUACAUUGAGGUCUCCAACUUCGAGCUGGUGAAAGAUGAGAAUGGGGAGAUAUCAAUGGAGAGUGGCAAGGCUCGUUGUCCGUAUGACCCUGCUUUGCAACACACCACUGUGGUAGCAGAUGGAGUCCUGUAUGCUGCAACAGCUUUUGAUCUCCAAGGGACUCAGUUCCUUAUUUCCAGAGCAAUGGGUCCUUUUAACCAGCGGAUCACAACGGAGGCAUUGGAUUCCUGGCUGAAGGAACCAACUUUCAUUGGCUCAGCUCUGGUGAAGGAGAGUUUAAGAAGUGAAGUGGGCGACGAUGACAAACUGUAUUUUUUCUUCAGUGAGCUCAGCAAGGAGUUUAAUUACUAUACCAAACUACGAGUCUCCAGAGUUGUCAGGAUUUGCAAGGGUGACAUUGGUGGGCUCAAGAUUCUACAGAGGCGGUGGUCAAGCUUCCAGAAGACUUCACUUGUUUGCAAUGAUCCCUCGAGCAAGCUUUACUUUGAUAUGAUUCAGGAUGUCUUUAUGUUGCAGCGAGACCUUGGUAACUGGACCAGUACUGUAUUUUACGCAGUAUUCAACUCUCAGUGGAGUGAUUCUCUGUCUGCAGUUUGUCUGUACAGCAUCAAAAGCAUCCAUGCAGCUCUGGAUGGACCAUAUCAAGAAUACAAACCCGACUGUUCUUCUUUUGUUCAGUAUAAAGGUCAAGUUCCAUUUCCAAGACCUGGCUCGUGUAUCACUAACUGGCAUAGGAACCAUUCCAUUGAGAGUUCACUGCUUUUACCUGAUGAGGUGCUGAGCUUCAGCCGAAGUCACCCUCUUGUGCACCAAGCUGUCCACCCACUCGAUGGUCAGCCAAGGAUGAUGACCAGAAAUGCACAGUAUUCCAAAAUUGUUGCAGUGCAAGUGAGCUCAAUGGAGGGAAUUUAUGAAGUUCUCUUCCUAGGAACAAAUGAUGGCCGAUUACACAAAGCUGUAUUGGUUGGUUCUAGCAGUCAUAUCAUAGAGGAGAAGAAAUUAUUCAAAAAUAUUCAACCCAUUCAGAAUCUCCUACACUAUCAGGGCUUUCUUUAUGUUGGUUCUCCCAGUGAAGUUACUCAGGUUGCAGUGGCAGAUUGCGAUCAAUACAAGACCUGUUAUGACUGUAUCUAUGCCCGGGAUCCCUACUGUGUUUGGAGUAAGGCAACAUCUCGAUGCAAGUUGUAUGAGAAACCUUCUUUGAACAAUGACUUCUUACAAGAUAUUAAGAAAGGCAAUGCUGCAGGAUUGUGCCCACCACAGACAGAAGCUGCAGAAGAAAUUGUUCUGGUCAUCGAUCAUCAUUCAGAUGUGGUGCUCAAUUGUAAGCCCUCCUCUUCAAAGGCCCACUGUGAGUGGCUGACUCCUAACAAGAACAUUACGAUUGAUUCCUAUAGUUCAGGACUCCUAGUGACAGGAAAUGCACUUGGCAAUUAUGACUGUUAUUGCCAUGAAAAUGGCAUCCGUCAGAUGGUGGUGUCCUAUCAUCUCACAUCCAGGCGAUCACGGAUGGCGUUGAUUGUGUUGAUUUUGCCUAUUGCAUUUGUUGCCGUAGUUGUCUUCUUUAUUGUGAACUCUAGGACGUCUUAAUUUUACCUGCUCGUUACAGUCCAUGUUCUCCAAUUAACUGAACCUUGCCUUCUCUCUGGAUACUGGUUUGGCCAACCUUGAUAACAAGGUUUAUUUGUCACUGACCAAAGCACAUUUGAGCACAGCCAAUGGGGUCCAUCUCAAGUACCCUCCUCUGCCACUAUCGGGACAGUAAAAUAGAUUUUGUAUCAGUACUGCCUAAAUAACACUGACAGUGCAGUUGGCUCCAUUUUUUUUUAAAAGGAAACCUAAAACCAAGUGUCUAAAGGGUCAAGUUAAAUCAAGCAGUUGGCCCCUUUUAAACAUGAAACACAUCCCACGUGACAAUUUUCCAGAACUCUCAAAUCUGUGCGGCUGUCAAUGCAGAAUACCUCAGAGCUCCUCUGCAGCCAUAGCUUGACUUGCUGGCAACAAAGCUGGUGCGGUCUUUUAGUCUAGUGAGCUGCAUCAAGGUACCUGUUUGGCAGUCAGCUGUUGCAUUGACUGCCAAACUUUGAAUUUAAAUGACACUGGGGUUAGAAAAUCAUAGGGGCUGUGUCCUUCCUGAAAGAGAGGCUGACUAGUGAAUUUCAUCCAAAGAUAUGUGGAAAGUAUAAAAUUGACCAAUCUGUUUUGCAAAGGUUAGGUCUCAAGCAAAAGAUGUCAAAUAUAAAAUUCUUUUUAGAAUGGAGAAAAUAAGUGUCUUAUUUAUAAAUGACACUACGUACCUGUUGAUGUAAUGUGUUUAUGCUUUAUGACUUUUUUAAAGAAAAGCAUAGAAACUUGGUACUGUUCUAUCAACAUGCCCUUUUAAGGAACUCUUUAUUCAGAUUUUGUGUCUGUGACAAUGUGCACAACUGACGUACUUACGUUACAUUUGUUAACUGUGAAGGUGAUCAUGGUUAUUCUCUGUUUGAGAAGACGAUCCUUUUUUUUUGUUCAGAACUGGAAAAAGAAUGAGCUUUUUGGUUCUAUGACACUGGAGUCAACGUUGGUUCCAUUUUGCUUUUAGUGUGUUUGAUCAAUUUUUUUUAUAAUUUAUUUCUCAUACAUUAAACUUACAACUUUAAAAUGCAUUUAGUUAUUGAUUGACCAAAAGCACUCCAAGUUUGGUUGUCAUGGAAAAUGCAUGUGUACUGACAAUUCCACAAGUUUUGUCAAAUUUGCCUGCACUUCCAUGCUACAUUUAGGAGCAGUACUUUUUCCAUAAGGGGAAAAAGGUAUAACAUCAGUUGGUACCAAUUUAAUAAGUGUGGUAUGUCACCAAUUACUCCCCGUGUGCUGCUUCAGUAUAGAAGCUUCCAAAUGGUCUUUGCCUGCUUCUGAGGAGAUGCUGCCUGCCUGUAUGGAAUGAGGCACACAGUGGGGGGAAAAAAAUGCUGCUUUGCAAAAUGUAAGUACUUUAAUAAAUAAAAUAACUUUGUAUGUUCUUUCAAAUAACCAGCUAUCCUCCCACAUCUUGGCAAAUGAAUGAAUGAUAUAAAGAUAAAGAGACACAGUGUUAGGAGUGCUGGUUAAUGAAACUAUGAUUUUUAAGACGAGCGUUUGAAUCAGGACAUUGAAUGUCGGCUGCGAUCCCUCUCGACAGGGACAACUUGUGGAUAUGUGCCAAGAGAUAGCAAGCUGUGUGAUUUGAAUGAGACAGUACACUCUGGAACAGUAAAGUUGCUGAACCCAUGAGAUUUCCAUACAAUUAACUUGCCUAAAGAAUAUGGAAAAUGGAGAGAGGAGUUUGCACUCUACAUUUUGCUGGCUGUGGCAGAUAAACUAGAACAGAUAAACAUUACUGUAUCUUGUUGGUCACAAGGACAGAGGAUUGUACCCUACCAUAAAUACUUCAGAUGAGAUCCUGAACAAUGUACUAACUGCAUUACAUAUUGUAUCCAUCUAAGAUGUGAAAGUGUUGACUAUUGCCAGUUCUUUACAUUCACCCUGUUAGGGAUUCGGGAGUUAUGGAAUUAUGUGAAUAUAGCAGGAAUUAAUUCAAACAAGAACUAGUCUUCAGUUCUUAAUGUAAAUUGCAAGCAGUAAUCAGCUUGAAGUUAAAAGGACAGCUUUGUGAACAACCAGUACUGUCUAAAGAGCACAGGCUGCUGGCCCACAGCCGGGGGUAGGCUGCUCAGGAGAUGUGGUUUGCAAAGUGAUGUGACCACGAGACGUCCUCGUCUGCAUCAGUCAAACGUAAGACAAUGGAGGUGUUGUAGCCGAACACGGCGCGUGGCAGAAAAGAAAACGCAGAGAUGCGGAGGCUGGACUGGAGCACACUUUACUGACUGAAGCAAAGCGCAUGUGCUUGCGAAAGGACCCGAGAGCCUCUCUGGUGGAAGUGACGUGAGGCCCCUGCCGGAAGGCCCGCCCCACGGUUAGUCUACAUCGCACUCCCGCGCAUGCGCCCGCGGCCACUGAUGGUGGUUCGAGUUCUGUGGGUCCGGGCUGCUACACCACCCCCGACCAGAAUCGCCCAUCAGGGUCGUGGGACCCCCAGUCUGUGUGUUCACCAUGGGUGGGCUGCCCUGCCGGUGCGGUGAGGGCACCUUCACGGGCUGCCCAAUGUCCAAAUGUGCCGGUUUGAGGCGGUGCACUGUGAAGGUCUCCUCGCGGCCACCCACCUCCACGACACGCGUAGAUCCGUUGUGCCAGAUCACCUUGAAGGGUCCUUCGUACGGCCUCUGUAGAGGGGACUUGUGCAUGCCCCUGCAAAUGAAAACGUACUCACAGUCCCAGAGAUCCCUAGGGACAAAGGACGGCGUAGUGCCAUGUCUGGAGGUCGGAACCGGUGCCAGGCUCCCCACCUUGUCCCGCAGCUUCAUCAGCACUUCCGCCAGCGUCCCUGCUGGACCUUGGGCCUCUGGCACAAACUCACCCAUGAUCAUCAGGGGGGUGCUGUAAACCAACUCCGCCGAGGAGGUUCCCAGAUCCUCCUUGGGGGCCAUGCGGACGCCUAGUGGAACCCAGGGAAGCUCAUCUGUCCAGUUGGGCCCUCUGAGACGCGCCAUCAGGGCUGACUUGAGGUGCCUGUGGAACCGCUCGACCAAGCCGUUGGCCUGUGGGUGGUACGCCGUGGUGUGGUGUAACCGGGUGCCCAGGAGCUGCGCCAGUGCUGUCCACAACCCUGACGUGAACUGUGCCCCUCUGUCGGAGGUGAUGUCCGCUGGAAGUCCAAACCUGGCGAUCCAGUUUGCGAUGAGCAUCCUGGCGCAGGACUCUGUGGAC